AUGAUCGGUGAUGUACAGUCUAUAUUAUCUGGUGAUGGUUCGAGAGAGAAAGAUGAUAAUAUCUUGAAAUUGUCUUCCCUAACAAGUGUUGGUAAAAAGGCAAUACAUAAGAAGCAAGAUAGCAGUAGUUUUAAAAAACCGGAAGGAAUGCAUAGAGAACUUUUCAAUUUGUUAAAAUCAUCGGAUCUACAGUCGAUUAUGCCAACAGAAAUCAAAAAAGGGUAUAGAAAUCCAAAAGCACAAAUUGGGCUAAGAGCUGUUCGAAAAUAUAAAUGGGUUCCUUUUAUUAAUGAAGCACGAUCGGAUAAUAUGAAACUUUAUCAUUGGCAAAGAGUGGAUAGGCUCGAGAAUCCGCAGCCUUAUCCAUUCGCUAAAUUCAAUAAGGAAAUCAACAUACCAAAGUAUACAGAUGAAGAAUAUGAAAAACAUUUGAAAUCUACUAAAUGGACGAAAGAUGAAACUGAUUAUUUAUUCGAUGUCUGUCGACGUUUUGACAUAAGAUGGGUAAUUGUCCAUGAUCGAUAUGAUAAAGCUAAGUUUGGUACAAGCCGCUCCAUGGAGGAUAUGAAAGAUCGUUUUUACUCAAUUGUACACGAACUUGCCACUCUCAAAGAUCUGUCUGUCGAGCCUAUUUGCUAUGACGCUGAGCAUGAAAAAAGAAGAAAAGAACAGCUUAAUAAGCAGUGGAACAGAUCGAAAGAAGAAAUCGAAGAAGAAGAGGAAUUGAUGAAACACAUGAAAAAUAUCGAAGCAAGAAAGAAAGAACGAGAAAGAAAAGCUCAAGAUCUCCAAAAACUUAUCAAUAUGACCGAAGCUCCUUGUAGCCCUUCGUUAAGUGGUGGUAUGUCUCCUGCUCUGGGCAAGAAGAAGUCUCAAUUCCGUCAGAAGACUGGGCCGGUGUCGGGUUCAUCAGCUUUCAGUUUUAAUCCGAUUGAUAUAUCUGUAUCAGCUAUUCGUUAUCCGGAGUUCAAGUCUGCAGGAGCACAUUUCCGAAGCCAAGAGAUGAAGUUACCUACAAACAUUGGACAACGUAAAAUCAAAAACAUUGAAGUUGUUCUUGAGAAGUGCAGCAUGGAAAUGAAUCCGAUGGGAUCAGAAGGAAUCGUGCAAAUAUACAAUGAUUUCCGAUCACAGGUUAUGUUAUUGCAAGAGCUCAAAGCCACUUUGCAAACUGCGGAGUUCGAACUAGAGACGAUCAGGACCCGAAUGCAAGAUAAUGGACUUACUCUUGAAAUGGAACCUAGAAUGAGAAUAUCUAAUCUACCAGAUGGAGGUUUCGAUAAAUCAGUUGUAAACGGCGAAGAGGGCGCUCCUAGAUCAGCAAGAAGAAUAUGCUCAUAUAUAGAUGUGUCAACUGCAGCUAAUCCCGUAAUCGCGCGGAAAAGAAAGAAUCCUGGUUCGACUUCGACUUCAGUCGACUUCAAACGUUCUCGCAAAAAUUGA